AUGGAGGAGGUGAUGGAGGAGGUGAUGGAGGAGGUGAUGGGGGAGGAGGAUGGAGGAGGUGAUGGAGGAGGUGAUGGAGGAGGUGAUGAGGAGGUGAUGGAGGAGGUGAUGGAGGAGGUGAUGGAGGAGGUGAUGGAGGAGGUGAUGGAGGAGGUGAUGGAGGAGGUGAUGGGGGAGGUGAUGGAGGAGGUGAUGAGGAGGUGA